CGACCUACUUAUUAAAAGAGCGGAUUAGCGAAUAACUGCAAAUAAAACACGUGCGGUCAUAGCUCAAAAUUCACUAAUCACGUUGUCUAAUAAGAACAGCAGACCACAGCUUCGUUGAUUUUUCGAUCCAAGAAAGUUUCGUUAUAUGUUAAAAAGAAAUAUAGGGAGCGGUGGAGGUGUGGCAUUGUGAACAACAAGAGGGGUAGGUGGAAAAUCCUAAAAUAUGGUUUGGAUUGUUUUUUUAUGCGGAUCAGAGUCGGGCAGAUUUUAAGAAUUGUUGUCCAACUUCGUCUCAGGAGGGGCAAACACUUCUUGUCAUCUUCGAAUCCCCUGGUCAGAAAAGUCGAGCAUGAUUUCCUGAACUAUUUUUCAUCUUUUGAAGCUUCUUAUCAUUUUUACAGAUUGACUGUUCGUUACACCCUUAAACGUAAUCAGUUUGCAUGACUUCAAUAACAGCCACUCACACACACAUUCUCUUAAGCUUAUAUAAGAUUCACCAGCCACCGAUCAUACUUCAACCACAUUCAUUGAGAGGCCAGCAUGGCCAAUAUAUAUCCAUAUGGCUGCUUUACUCAUGCUAUUGUUAGAGGUAUCCCAGAAUCCUUUGGGAAGCUGGCAGAGGGUGGAGAUGGAUUUCAGACUGAUAUUGCCAAGGCCAAGCGUCAGAUGGGGGUGUUGACAGGUGCAUUAAGGCAAAAGGUGGGACUACAGUUGAUUGAAAUACAGGUAGAUUCUGAUCUGCCUGAGAGCUGGCGAAUCGAAGACAUUGCUGUUAUCCAAGGUGACACAGCGCUCAUUACACGACCCUUCAAACAGCAGAGAUGCUGUGAGGCAGAGGCUGUGCGGCGAGUCCUAAAUGAACUGAACAUGACGGUGGUGGAAAUGGGCGAAGAGGAAGGGGGUUCUGGUGGAGCCACUCUUGAAGGAAGUGAUGUCCUUUUUACUGGAAAAGAGUUCUUCGUGGGCAUUUCCAAACAUACAAAUCACCGGGGAGCAGAAAUUCUGGCUGACACCUUCAGGGACUUUGCUGUUUCCACUGUGCCAGUGUGUGGAGGCUCUCGUCUGAAGAACAUCUGCUCCAUGGGUGGUCCCGAUACCAUCAUUAUUAGCAACAGUGAUGGGGCAAAGAAAACACUCAGAGUGAUGGAGCAGCUAUCUGACCAUCAUUAUGAGAUCUUGUCAGUAUCUGAGGAGGUUGCUGCCAACUGUAUAUAUAUCAGAGGUCCUGCUAAAGUGGACUAUCUCCUCCAUCCCACAGCUGAGGAGUGCUCUGACAGUAUUGCGGCCUUUCAGCGUUUGACAGACUACACCUUGCUGCCCACAGCCUGCAGUGAGGCCUCCAAACUCGGAGGAGCGCUGUCCUCCUUUUGUCUACUCAUCAACAAGAAACAUACCUAUUGACAAUCAUUGCAUAAUCAUCUUAGAUUUUUUUUUGUUCACAGUACCUUUACUUAAACAGUCAUUACUUUGUGUGGUUAUGGGAACAUAAAUGUGGCAGGCCAGUUAAAACUGGUUUGAUAUAGUUUGUAAAUGUCCAGUUGUUUUUAUGCAGUAUGCUCUACUCUUGCAUCCAUCCUAAACUCUUUAGAGUAGGUGCACACGAUGAUAGUGCUAUAAUAAAUAGCUUUGAAAUAAAUAACUGUUAUCUCACAAUGUAAAUAAAGACUUAAAUAAUAGGUUUACUCUAACUGCUCAAUCUCAUGUUGUUUUGAAUGUAUGUUUUUUGGGUCGCACUUGACAAUAAGGUUUCAUUAGUUAAUGUUACUAACAUAAAGUGUGAAUGGUACUUGUACAGCAUUUAUUAAUCAUAGUUCAACAUUUAAUAAUGCCUUAUUAAAAUCCAAAUUUAUGCUUAAUAACAUUAGUUAAUGCACCAAGACUUAACAUGUUUCCUCCAGGUGUCCGGUUUACCCCACUGCCCAGAGACAUGUGGUAAGGUAAAUUGGUAAAAAGGUAAAAAGAGAAUUUGGUAAACUAAAUUGGCCAUAGUAAAUGAAGCUUUGUGUAAAUGAGGGAGUGUAUGUUUCCCUGUGCUGUAUUGUGGCUGGAACUGCAUCCGGCUCAUUGCGCUGUGGCGAAUUCAGAGACUAAGCCAAAGGAUGGUGUGUGUAAAGUGUUAGUUUUUUUUUUUGUUCUAACUGAUGCAUUCUUUCACUCUGACUUUUAAGCUUAACACAGAUUUAAAAUAUUUUCUUUUAUAUUUUUUAUAUUUUGAUAGUCUUUAGAAUUUGUCCCUCAGGGACUCCUGUUUUCCCCAUUUCUAAUUGUAGCACAGGUGAACUGUGCAUACAAAAAUGGUAAUGUGUAUAUAGCCUUCUUUGUAUGUCUUCUGCUGACGUCCUGUUGCCACACUUUUCUCCCUUGGCUUGUUUUUUUUUUUUUUUUUUUUUUUUGCUUGUCCAGUAAUCCUCAUAGGCCUACAUCAUGUCUAAUGUGUUAUUUUUAAAAUGUAUUUUAGGGGUCAUUCCUGGCAAAUAAUAAUAUUUCAGUCCCCCAAAUUUUUAAAGUGUUUUUUGAAAAAUUACAUUUUAAAAACAUUUUUCAUUGAUUUACUUUGUACAUUAUAAUGAAU